AUGGCCUCGGCAACAGGAAUUCCUCAAGAUCACCCCGCAACAAUUGUAUCGCGAGAAGAUGAGCCUCUAUUGGGCCGCCCAGGCGAUGUCACACAAAAGCCCGACGAGAGCAUUUAUCGGAAUCUGUUCACAGGAACAGCAAGUGUCGCGCAAGCAGGAAUUUGGAUUCUAGCAGCGUUGGUCUGGCAAGGCGUUUUGUCCCUCCCCCUCUCGUUAUUCACCCCGCAUCCACUACUCGGAAGCUCUGCCCUUCUUCUUCAAGUCCAAGCAGCUCUCAUCUUACAACCAACCGCCACCCCGCAACAGAAGCGUACCGGUACUCGCAUCCACUACUUCCUUCAACUGCUCAGCGUGGUCAUUUUUGUAUCUGCCUUUGCUAUUAUCGAGGUUAACAAGGGCUCCCAUCCGCACUUUGUUUCUCCCCACGGCAUUCUUGGUCUGGUCACUUACAUCGCUAUCGUGCUACAAGCCGUGGUUGGUGUUGUCCAGUACUUUUUGCCGGUCACCGUCCUUGGUAGUGUCGACGCUGGAAAGCGUAUUUACAAGUACCAUCGCUGGAGCGGAUAUGUUUUGCUACUGCUGGAGGUGGCGACUGUCGUGGCGGCGACGCAGACCACCUACAACGUGACGGCGAUUCAUAUUCCUCUAUGGGGUGUACUUGUUUCUGUCGUUUUGAUUCUCGCUGGCGUGGGUGCGAGGAUUAAGAAGCAUAAGUUGGGGCUGUGA